AUGUCUUCGGCCUAUGCAAAGCAGAAGCUCAAACAGUCUCGCGAUGCUCUAGCCAAAAAGGAUUGGUCGGCAGCUGCCGAGGCUGCAACGAGUGUGCUCGAGCAAGAAAGCGACAACUACAAUGCAAACGUUUUUCUUGGGCUUGCCUUGCUCAAUCAAGAAAAGUUCGACCAGUCCGAAGCAGCCUACCUCAAGGCGACGCACGAUCAGCCAACACAGCUGCUAGCAUGGCAAGGACUGCAAAAGUUUUACGACCAACGCAAAAACUGGGACAAGCUUCGAGAUGUACUCAGAAAACUUAUGGACCUGUACAAUGAUGCAGGCGAUGCAACAAAGUGUGCGGAGAGCCUUCAGCGUCUGCUCGCACUUGAGCGAGAGGAAGGUGGACGCAAACGCGUCAUCGACACGCUCUCAUUACUUCUUCCGAACUCCAAAUACUACGACUGUCUCUCCUCUCUCGAUAUCCCAGACCAGACACAGCCGGAAAGGACGACCACCUUCCAGACGCAGAUGGCGAUUCACGUCAAGAGCUUGGACACACUGCUCGAAAUGAUCGAGCUGUCCGAAAAGUGGGAGGCAGACGCAAUCCAAAAGGAGGCCGACAAACGCAGAAUGCGUCUCGAUGGCGCUAACAAGGGCAAAGAGGCACUCAUCAACGAAGUUCGCCUCGAGAUCUUUUCGAUUUCGCGGCUCCCGCAUCUCUACGAACAGGUUCUGUCGCAUCCCGCGGCGCAAGACGAGCUGCGCAUUGAAGUUGAGGCGAAGUUGCUCCGUCAACGACUUGGCUUGCUCACCUCGUACCCCCCAAAGCAGCUUGCGAUGGGUACUGCGCCUACAGGUACGGCGGCCGUGGACCGUCAACAGCAAGAAAAGAAGGAGCAGGCAGAGCAACAGCAAGACGAGUCCAAGCGCGGUCUGCGAGACGAAAUACUCAAGCUAGCCUCUGGAAUGGUCAUCAUCGGUUUGCCCGACGAAUUGGCAUGGGAAAUCGAUCUGGAAUGGCGUCCCAUCUUUUCGCUCUCAGAUCUUCCUCUGGAACAGAUCCGCAAAUUCGUCACCCUCUUCCCACGAUCCGGCCGCACCAAAGCAUUCCGAUCGUAUCUGCUGCAUAUCAAAGAUGAGCAGUACAUUCACGAGCUCAAGGAAGAGGAGAAACGGUCGGACGUUGAAAUUCAGCAGCCGAAAACACCGGACGAUCUUCUCAAUCUCGCCAUCGACGGUCUCGAGGAAUGUCCAGACUCUGUUCUUGCCCAUCGCAUAGCUGCCACCUUGUAUCUCCUCGAUCGUGAUUUCCAGUCCGCUUCCGAGGUCGCCACCUCUGGCCUGCAUGUCGUCAGUCGCCUCGAGUCUGACGUUGCUGCCGAUCUGGAACUGUCCCGGUUUGGGAUUUCCAAGAUCCUUCUGACAGCCCUCACGCACCUUCAUCCCCCGCAGCACCAUGCUCGUGCCUCUAGGCUGGUCGAAACCGUCCUGCAAGCAGACGAGUCCGAUAUUGACACGCUCCUUGCAAAGGCCUACAUCGAGCAGGGCUCGGGCCGAUGGGAAUCGGCUCGUUCCAUAUUUGAAAAGGUGCGCGCUAUCGUCGGUGCGCAAAAGGACGGUGUAUACAAGCAUCGCAUCGAGCGUCUGCUCUCGCUGAGCCAAGAUCCAGCUCAGGAUGCCUGGAUCGAGAUGGCGUGGUGCGAUGUCAAUGUUGGACAUCUCGAAGAAGCAAAGCACGAGAUGGAGGCUAUCAUCGAGCGAGUAGAUCCAAUCUCGUUCGUAGGUGCUACCGCCGAGCUACGCGCCAAGCUGUGGUGGCGUUUGGGUCAAUGUCUCUGGCUCAUGGACGGUGAAUAUCGCUCUGAUCCCUCGCAUGCUUUCACCGCUUUCAUCACAGCCCUCAAGCGCAACCCGGCCUUCGCUCCCGCUUACACAUCGCUCGGCUUCUAUUAUGAGGACGUUCUACAACCCGCCGACCUGGUUCGAUCAAGCAAGUGUUUCCAGAAGGCGUUCGAGCUCGACGCGCGCGAGGACGAAGCUGCCAGACGACUCGCAGUAGGUUUCGCCGAGGAGCAAGAGUGGGAUCUGGUCGAAGUGGUCGCGCGCAGAACCAUUGAAGGGGAAGGUGGUGCUGAUGCCAUCGGCAGUGGCACAUCCGCAGCUGUUCAUGCCUCGCGACGACACCUGUCGCGCAAUGCUUGGGCCUGGAAGGCGAUCGGAAACGUCGAGAUUGCCAAGAAGCGCUUCGAGGAUGCUAUCCUCGCGUUCCAGAUCGCAUUGCGUGCAGAGCCUGAUGAUCAGGUGUCGUGGCAGAGGCUCGGGCAGGCGUAUGCACUGGCAGGACGACACAUCGCUGCUCUCAAAUGCUUUGCCAAGUGCCUGGAGCUUGUGCAGGCCGCAGACGAUCCUGAAGACGAUGGGUGGCAGGCACGCUAUAGCAUCGGCGACGUACAUCUCGAGCUCGGCAACUUUUCGACCGCGAUCGAGACCUUUUCCGGCAUUCUGGCCACUCAUCCAGGUGAGCUUGGCGUGAGAGUCGCGCUCAGCAAUGCACUGCUGCUCGCUUCUCGACAGGAACUGGCUACGGGCUACAUCGAGAGAGCUGAAAUCUCCGCGAAGGGAGCGAUCCGCGAAGCAGCGCACGCUCUUCUCCACCACGAUCAGCAUCUGAGGUCGGCCUGGAAGGUGGUCGCCGACGCUGUUUUCCACCUCAGUAGAUUCGGCAGCCUUCAUCAAGCUGCGUCAUUGCUGACACCCGGUGGCAGCAGCGAGCUGAGUCCGGUCCUUGCACUGGCAAAAGAGCUUGAUGUUGAUGCCAAGCUUCCAUCAAUCAGUGUCGUCACUCAUGACAAGCUGAGGUUGUUGGAGGACACCUCAGAGCUCUCGCCGUUCCGACUGCUGCAAAUUAGCGUCUAUCUUUACAAGCUGCGCGUUGUGCUUAAUGCAUCAGACGACAAGGUCGCGGGAAGUGCGUGGGCCGAUCUCGCCACAGCACUGUACCGCGUCUCCCGGGCUCUACUCUUGCCUUCCUCGCAGACAUUCCUGAAACCUCUAGCGGCGGCCUCUGUCGUUGAUUUCGCCGAAGCUCAGAGCGCCCAGGCUCGACUACAAGCGAUCGGAUCCGUCAAGCAGGCUCUGCGACACGAGCCGGGACAAGAGGCGUACUGGCUGCUCCUUGGCAACCUCACGUUCCACUCGUCGGUCAAGUUGGCCCAGCACUGCUUUGUACGGGCGAUCGAAAACGAACCCAAGAGUCCCAUUGGCUGGACCAAUCUCGGUCUGCUUUAUCUGCAUCACGGCGAUGUCGAGCUUGCGAAUGAGAGUCUGAUCAAAGCGCAAACGGUUGAUCCGGACUACGGCGCUGCUUGGGUCGGCCAGGCGUUAAUUGCGCAGCGGUUCGGAGAUCAUCGGGCCUCGCGCGUGCUGUUGGAGCAUGCGGUCUCGCUCACCGAGGGCAGCUUGCAGGAGGCCGACUACGGGCUCGGCGAAGCCGUGUUCGACACAUUCCGACGCCACGCUGCGACGAAUGCAGCGGAAUCACGGAUCACCGAAGCAACACUUUCAAGUGCAUCAUUUGCCCUGUCGGCCUACAUAUCGAACUCUCCCACCGACGUUGACGCGCUUCAUCUAUCAGCGCUGCUGUCCGAACGUCUCGGGCAGAUGGAUCUGGCUAUUGACAGGAUUGCGAAGGCAGCAUCAUUGCUCGAGGAGCGAUAUGAAGCGACGGAGACGAUCGAGAUCGCUCGUCAGUAUGCUGUAGCCGAGUCGAAUCUCGGUCGCAUUCGGCUUGCGACGCGAGACUAUGAGGGUGCGGCUACCGCAUUCGAGGCGGCCAUCGGACUGUUGGAGGGUGAAGAAGAUGAGCAAGAGGCGGCGGAUCCGGAUCGUGAGAAGGCGGAUGGCAGGAUCGACGGGAAGUUCAUUCAGGAGGGUAAGGUGCAGAGUCAGCUGGGCCUUGCGCUAUCGCGACACUUUGCUGGUCAACACGAUGAUGCGCUCGUGACGAUCCGGGAGGCGAUCGAAAGUGCGAGAUUGGCUGGAUCGCGCACUGCUGAGCUGGCCCUAACUUUGCAACUUGCCAAGCUGCUCUGGGCGAUCAACGGCAAAGCAGCCAUCGAAGACGUCAAAGAGCAAUUGUUUGGCAACAUCGAAACCGGUGAAGGCAACGCAGUGCACGUCCCCUCCAUCCUCGCGCUGGCUGUUCUCGGUCUCGCCAGCGACGACACCGAUCUCCUCGACGCAGCCCAGUCGGAACUCGAAACGUACUUGCGCACCUCCAACAGCGACACUGAGAGCAUUGACAACGUUGUCCGCCUCCUAUGCGCGAUCAAAACGCUCACCCUCGGUGAAGCGGGCGCUGUCGAAGGUCUUGCGCUCAUCCACGACGCUAUCCAGUCCACCAUCGCGCGCAGAGACAAGGACCAACGCUUGCUGUUCGCGCUUCACCUUGUAUAUCUCUCCCACGCUGUGCAGCUGCUCGAGUCCGGCACAGGUGCGGAGUCGCUAGGCGAGGAGAAGACGUCUGAGGUGCUGGCAUAUGCAUCCUUGACUCAGGAUUUGUUCGAUUCGUACGCUCCCGUGUAUGGCGAGAUCGAGAAGCAGAGGUCAAGGAUGUUACUGUUAGUCGCGUGGUUGAGGGAGGUGUUGGGGGAGCAAGUCGAUGGAAAGGGGGGGAAGCGGAGGAAUGGGGCUUUGGUUGAGUUGGCGAUUUUGGAUGCGCCGUGGAUCUUGGCUGCGUGA